AAUGCUUUCAUACCUUCCCAUCUUUCCCCAAGGGUAACUAUGUACCAUCUAUAAGGAAUAUGUCCACUGUGGCUUCAGUAGGCAUCAAAGAUAAGGAGGCAUUGAAGUUUCCUGUGAAUGGAGGACCUCGUGCUCAGAAAAUGAUUGGCAUUUGGCUCUUCGGCUCUGCUGCAUGGGUGUUUAGCAUGGUCAUACUUGGAGGUGCUACGCGGCUAACCCGAUCUGGUCUUUCAAUGACUGAUUGGAAAUUUACUGGUGGGCUUCCACCUCUCUCGGAUGAAGACUGGUUGGUUGAGUUUGACAAGUACAAGCAAUCCCCUGAAUAUAAGCGUGUAAAUAGAGGGAUGAGUAUUGAAGAUUUCAAAUUUAUCUACUGGAUGGAAUAUGCACAUCGUAUGUGGGGAAGGGCAUUGGGUAUUAUGUUCGUUUUGCCAUUCUCAUAUUUUCUUCAUAAGAGGUAUAUUACCUUACAACUUGGACUCAGGCUUUCUACUCUUCUUGCCCUUGGUGCUGGGCAAGGUCUAAUUGGUUGGUGGAUGGUUAAAAGCGGUUUGGAGGAGCCAGCAUCUGAGUAUGCUCAGCCAAGAGUAAGCCCUUAUCGAUUAGCAGCUCACCUUACUUCAGCCUUUGCUAUAUACUGUGGCCUUUUAUGGACUGGUCUUUCUGUUGUCAUGCCUGAACCACCGGCUGAAUCUGUAGCCUGGGUUCAUGGUGCUGCAAAAGUGAAGAGACUUGCUCUUCCUGUAAGUUUACUGGUUGGAAUUACUGCUAUCUCAGGAGCAUUUGUGGCCGGGAAUGAUGCUGGAGAUGCUUAUAAUACCUUUCCCAGGAUGGGGGACAGAUGGAUCCCGGAGGAUGUUUUUGACAUGAAGCCACUAAUCCGGAACUUCUUUGAGAAUACAUCUGCUGUGCAGGCUGACCAUCGCAUCCUUGCAACUGCAACUUUAAUUUCAAUUGUUGCUUUGUGGUGGUCAAAAAGGAAGUUAGACAUACACCCUGCAGUUCAAUCGUUGAUUGGAACUACUGUAGGCAUGGCUGGCCUUCAGGUAUAA